AUGGCGGGUGAGCAAGAUAUUGAUCCUGAUGAGGAGUAUGGCAUUAGUGAGGAUAGCCAUGACGAUGCCGAAGAGACUCUUGAUGAUGUCAUUCUGCGGCAAGGACGCCAGAUUUCUGCAGUUCAGAGCGACAUAAAGGAGGUUAAGGAUUCCGUCAAUCUCAUCAAGGAUUUCUUGCUUCGCAUGAACCCUCAAGGGUUGAAUCAAUCUCAUGUCCGUGAUUACCAUUGGUACGUCAAGCAUGCCAAGGAUUAUGGUAUCGUGGAAUGGAAAUCAUCACUGGAUGUUUGUGAUAGUCAAGAGGUUGAUUCUUGGUUGGAAUUGUGGGAAAGUUGUUGGUCUCACAAUUCUUGUGAGGAUAAGGUGAAGAUAGAUUUUUUUGUGACGAAGCUUACGGGCCAUGCUUCUUCGUGGUGGAAGAACUACAUCAAAGCUAAUCCAAUGUCGACUUCUUGGACUGAUUUGACAAAGGUUUUCCGCGCUUCGUUUGUCAAGAAGUUUGAAGAGGUUGAUCUCGUGAAUCAGUUGUUAGAGAUCCGGCAGGGGACUUUGUCUUUGAAUGCGUAUGCCCGCAAGUUCCGUGAUCUUUGCCUUAGUCUCACAGGCACCUAUAAUGAGCUGCUAAAGGUGCAAUGUUUUAUCAAAGGAUUGAGCUCGGUGGAUGUGCAGCAGAAGGUCAAGAAGGAUUUUCCAGCAACAUUGACUGAUGCUAUCACUAAGGCUCAAAUCUUUUCGCCCAAACCGUCGGUCAACUCGGUCAACGUUGGUCAAAAGGAUGGUCUCCGGGGUGGUCAACGUGAUGACCAACCCACCAAUACUUCAUUCUCAGGGAAGAAACGGCCGUUGCUUCGUCAUAGCUCGAAGAGUGGAGAUGGCAAUGAGGAUUGUCCUCUUGUGAAGGGAUCAAAGAAUGCUAAGGUGAAUGUGGUGGAAUCCAUCAUGGAUACAGCUCAGGCAUCUGCUGUGGUGGCUCUUCCACACCUUGUGGCAAAAGUUCAAGAAUCUAAGUCUCGAGUUCGUAUCAACUCUGUAGAGAUUAAUGGUUCUAUGCGCAAUCAACUUGUGAAGGCCAAGGGGGACAUUCAAGGACAUGCUGUUAGUAUUCUUUUCGAUCCAGGUGCUACACAUAAUUUUUUGAGCUCUAAGGUGGUGAAGAAACUUGGUUUGCCUGUGGAAAAGAGUUCAGUAAUCUACGAGGUGGUUAUGGCAGAUGGACAUAGCACUCGUGUUUACGGUGAAUGGGCUCUGAGUGUUCCUUUGACGGUUCAAAGGAUUCUCGACCAUCCUUCGUUCCAAGUUAUGGAUCUUGGUCGCACAGACGUUAUUCUUGGGAAGGAAUGGUUUUAUGACAGGAAGCCAAGAAUCGAUUGGCAGCGUAAUGUUCUGCAUAUCGAAGUUGGUGGCACUAUAAAAGAGAUUGUCGGGACAGACAAUAGUGAUACUCCAUUGAUUAACGCUUUGGAGUUGGUAACAUGCUCGCAUGAGAUAGCUAGAUCUUUUGUGGUGUACCCGUUUCUUUCUAAUUUGAUCAUGACUGAUUUGGAGUACGUUCGUGGGCAUGAGGCACAAGUGGAUUCCAUUCAGGAGGAGUUCCAUGACGUAUUUCCGGAUGAGUUACCUGAUGGUUUGCCUCCAGAACGUGGAAUUCAGCAUGAGAUUGACUUGGUUCCUAGAGCCGCUCCUUUUCAGCGACAACCAACUCGUACUAGUCCCACUGAAGAUGAGGAGAUUAAUAGGCAGCUUGCUAAAUACCUUCGGAAAGGGUGGUUACGGAUCAGCAAAUCUCCUUGGGCUGCUCCAGUGGUGAUGGUCAAAAAGAAAGAUGGUACAUGGCGUCUUUGUGUGAACUACAAGGGAUUGAAUGAUAGGAUAGUGAAGAAUAUGUUCCCGAUCCCUCGUAUCGAUGAUUUACUCGAUCAUCUUCGUGGAGCUCGAUAUUUUUCGAAGAUUGAUUUGAGGCAAGGAUAUCAUCAGAUUUGUGUCAAGCCAGAGGAUGUUCCGAAAACUGCAUUUCGGACAAGGACAGGUCACUACGAGUUUUUAGUGAUGCCGUUUGGUUUGACAAAUGCUCCUGCAACUUUUCAGAGAUUGAUGAAUCAAGUUCUACAACCUUACUUGGGAAAGUUUGCAAUUGAUUAUUUUGAUGAUAUCCUGGUAUUCAGCUCUUCCAUGGAGGAACAUGAGAUGCAUGUGCAAAGUGUUUUACAACUUUUGAGGGACAACAAGCUCUACUCGAAGUUAUCCAAGUGUGAGUUUUUUUUAGAGGAGAUUGGAUAUCUCGAGCAUUUGAUUUCGGUACAUGGAGUGAGAGCUGAUCCCGCAAAGAUUCAGGCCGUGGUUGAUUGGCCUAUACCUUCCACAGUGCAUGAUCUCCGUAGUUUCCUUGGUAUGGCUGGAGUUUUUCGACGAUUUGUGAAGGACUUUUCAGGGAUAGCAGCCCCUUUAACUAAUCUUCUUCAGAAUACGUCGAAACAUGCUACUAUUCAUGGUUGGGAUGAGAAGUGUGAAGUGGCAUUUCAACGUUUGAAGCAAUGUUGUAUCUCUGCUCCGGUGUUGAAGAUUUUUGAUCCUGAAAAGCCUCUUGUGGUCGAGACAGAUGCAAGUGACAUUGCUAUUGGAGCUGUUUUGCUUCAAGUUGGGCAUCCUCUUGCAUACAUGAGCCAUAAGUUUGAUGCCACACAGCGGAAUUGGCCUACUCGAGACAAGGAGUUAUAUGCUGAAAUGUCUGUUAAGAUCUGGUACAAGCAUGGAGGUGAUAAUAAGGUGGCUGAUGCAUUAUCCAGGAUGGUAAAUUCUAUCUCGUUCGUGAAGCUAUCCAGCGAUCUCUUGGAUGAGCUUAAGGAGUUUGCUGACUUCGACUCCUUCAUCACUGAUAUUCGCGCGAAGGGACGUGUAGUGGUUCCUCGUGUUGACAAACUCAUCAAACGGAUUUUGGUUGAGUGUCAUGAUGUGCCAAGUGCUGGGCAUCCGGGGGUAUUGAGAACGUAUAUGUUGGUGAAGAGGCAUUUCUUUUGGCCUGGGAUGAAGUCAGAUGUUGAGAAGUACGUACGUGGUUGCUUGACCUGCCAGGCUGUCAAAGUUGAUCAUCAGAAGCUCGCUGGCCUCUAUCAUCCUUUACGUAUACCUGAGAAUAAGUAUCGAAAGAUACUUAUUAGCCAGUCAUUACAGACACUCACUCCUUACUGCCAUAACGGCAAGAGGUCGGCUUGUGGGAAUGCACAACGAGAGGCUGUCACACAUACUCUCAAUGCCCACAAGCACCAGUUGAUAGCUGCAAUUAGAGCAGUGGCAUAUGGAGUUGAGGAGAGCAAAAAAGAAAAUGCUCACAAGCAAAGGGAAGCUGUAGAGGAUACUGCACAAGCCAAGGCUGAGACACUGCCCAAGGAGGACACUGUUAAGAUUCUUGUCCAGAGCUGCUUUGACAAGAUGUGGAAGGAGAGGGAGCAUGGAAUUCCGAGGUAA